AUGCUUGGUCGGUCCGAGGAGAUGGUUAGCAUGUUGCAGUAUCUAUCCCCCGAGGUUCGAGCAGCGCUUCCGUCAAAAGCUUCCGCAGAUGUUGCAGUCGACUACUUCUUCCGAUUUGUGAAUUCAAGUUUGCCUCUCUAUAACAAGGAGAAGUUCAUGCGGCUGUAUGAGCAGCAGUACACAACCGAUCCUCCAACAAGCCCCGCUUGGUAUGCGACACUCAACGUCGUGCUUGGCAUCGGAAGACUCAUAUGCGAAGAUGAGAUAAGCAUGUUUCCUUGCUUUCCCCAUACUAAGGGAGCGACCGAAGGAGAGGGACAUGCAUUGAGCUAUCUCCGAAACUGCUAUAGCGUUUUCACCCAGCUCGCGUUUAGCUGUAGGGAAAUUAUGGCUGUUCAAGCCCUCACUGGCAUGGCAUUUAUGUUAGAGAUGUUACUGAACGUUGAAGCAAGCUAUAUGGCCAUCGGAGUUGCAGCCCGCCUCUCUCUUGUCCUUGGACUACAUCGGAAGGUGGAUGGCCCAGACCCUGCCGAGAUUCAAGAGCGGAAUAACACCUUCUGGGCACUUUACGUUUUUGAUAAGAUCAUUAGUCUUCGGCUUGGGCGCCCACCAACCAUCAGCGACAGAGAAAUUGAGAUUGAUGAACCUGGAUCUUGCGGGUUACUCUCUCAUCACAACACUACUACUGCUUCCUUGUACUUUCAGAAUCUUAUCAAGCUGAGCAACAUCGAAGGUGAAAUUUACAGCGAGCUAUACUCUCCCCGUUGUUCGUCGUCCACCUCCUGGGCAGAGAGGAUCGAGGUGGUGGACCGUUUGAACAAGAAGGUUAUCGAGUGGCGAGACUCUCUGCCUGACGGGGUUAUUCAGCCCGGGCGGCCGUUAAGUUGUAGCACUUAUCUGGUUCCAUCAGCAGUGCUACUACACUGUGAGUAUUAUAAUUGUCUCUCAACACUCCAUCGACUCUCAAGCUAUCGAGGCACAAUGAUCACGGACAAUGAGUUGCACCAUAAACCCAACACCGUCGAUAUGGGAAUUACCUCAAGCCGUAUAGUAUGUAUCAGUGCUGCCAGGGAUACCGCGAGGAUUCUAGGCAGCCUUGAAGAACGAUCGGGUAUAAUUCGCAACAAUUUGAUUCGCCGCGUAUCAUACUAUCCUCUUUCAGCUUUUCUAACUAUAUUUGUCAACAUUCUUCAAAAUCCACACGCCCCUGAUACUUCGGAUGAUCUUCAUCUGCUUCACAUGAUUGUUGGCUCGCUCUCAUCGGCUCUGACCAUCAGUAGUUCAACUCUUGCAAUGCUGCUCCUUGAGAUAUUCCAAAAAGUGAUGGAUAUAGCGGAGAGUUUUGUGUAUCGGGCACACUUCGUCAAAUCGAAUCAAGAUGGGCGGGGAGAUAUGUUACCAGUUUCAAAGACUACUACCAAUACAGACGUUAAUAUGGACUUGGAAUUCAACACCACAACCGCACCAACUAGGGAAGCAUUUGCCGAAGCUGGCCAUUUACACUUUGCUUUCGGCAAUGAUUCGACAGAUAUAACCCACCUUUCUCAAGUAUUGCUUGGCAAAGAUCAAUUAAGCGACACAACCUUUCUUUCACCUUCGAAUCAUAUCAGAAGUCAGUCCUUUGUUUCCAACCAAGUGAACUUUCCAGAUGAUCCUGUUGCAACUUGGACCUUCGAGUGGGAGCUGGCAAACCUGCGGGAGCUUGGCCUCAACCAUUACUCAUUGAACGAACGACCGUACCAGACUGAGUGA